CGUCUCCAGGAGCUGGAGGAGUGCUGGCCGCUGAGUCAGAUCUGUCCCUGAAGCCCAGUGAGACGUCAGAGGACCGGCUCCAGUGGGAGAGGGACCAAAGGAAGAACUAGCAAGAAGGCUCCCGUGAAGUGAUGCUGUAGGAAACCCCAGGGCCAUGAAGGGGUUAGGAGAUAACAGAAGCCGCCACCUCUCAGACAACCUGGACUCCCCUCAGGACUCUCUUUAUGCUUCCCAAGACAGGAACCCUUAUCUCCUUAGUCCCACAGACCCCUACCCCAUGGACCCCCGGUUUCCAGCCCAGAAUUCCCUCCACAGUGACUGUCUCCUCCCACUCAACAACCAGAUUUCCAACAGCAGCACUUUCCCCCGCAUCCAUUACAACUCCCACUUCGAGGUCCCGGACGAGAGCCCCUUCCCGAGCCAUGCCCAAGCCACUAAGAUCAACCGCCUCCCUGCAAACCUCUUGGACCAAUUUGAGAAGCAGCUGCCCAUCCACCGGGAUGGCUUCAGUACCCUCCAGUUCCAGAGGAGCGAUUCCAAGCACCGGAGCGAGAGCCCCGGGCGCAUCCGACAUCUGGUCCACUCGGUCCAAAAACUCUUUGCCAAGUCACAGUCCCUGGAGGGCCCCACCAAAGGCAGUGUGAAUGGCAAGAAAGGCACAGAGGACCCCAAGCAGAACCGGAGGAGCAAGAGCAAAGACCGGGCAAAGACCACCGAGACCAAACGCAGGCCUAGGUCCAACAUAUCAGGCUGGUGGAGCUCGGAUGACAACCUAGACAGUGACACCUGCAGCUAUCGUAACCCAAUGGGCCUCAUGACUCUGGGAAGGCAACCUGACCACAGCCAGCCUAGGUACUUCAUGCACGCGUACAACACCAUCAGUGAGCACAUGCUGAAAUCCUCCAAGAGCAAUAACGACCUCAAGGUCACCCCUUGCACCAAUAUCCCCAUCAACAAUGAGUCCAACUACAUCAAACGGGGCUCCUGGUCCACACUCACCCUUAGCCAUGCCCGGGAAGUAUGCCAAAAGGCCUCCGCCACCAUCGACAAAGCCCUGCUGAAAUCCAAGUCCUGCCAGCAAGACUUAGCCUAUCAGUACUUGCAGGUGCCUCAGGGAGAGUGGAACAAUACGCUGUCUCGGGACAAAGACAACGAGAUCCCAUGCCGGCGCAUGCGGAGUGGGAGCUACAUCAAAGCCAUGGGGGAUGAUGACAGUGAAGACUCGGAAACCAGCCCCAAACCGUCUCCGAAAACAGCAGCUCGGAGGCAGAGUUACCUCAAGGCCACCCAACAGUCCCUGAGUGAGCAGAGCACCACACACAGGAGCCUGGACCGCCUAGACUCCGUCGAGAUCCUCUUACCUCCCAAGUUCCCAAGCUGGGAGGAAGAAUACAACCAGCUCCCUGACAACAUCAAUGAGUCCAGCUGCAUCAGCCAGAUAUUUGGACAGUCCUCAUUUAUCCCACAGAUAUUUACACACGGAGAGCAGACAAGGGAGGCAGAGCUAUGCGACCAGUACGAGGCGGUGUGUGAAUCCGCCUACAGCGAAGCAGAAUCAGCAGCUGUGGAGGUGCUGGAUCUGCCUCUGCCCAGCUACUUCCGCUCCCGGAGCCACAGCUACCUCCGAGCCAUCCAGGCAGGCUGCUCCCAGGAAGAAGACACAGCCUCCGUCCGAUCCAUCUCACCACCUCCCGCCAGCAGCAUCGGUGGCAGCAGGACGCUCCCCAGCAACAGCAGAACAAACACCAGCCUGGUCCGGAUAUCAACUGAUGGGAACAAAGACCUGAGAGUUUGGCUUUACCAAGGUUCAUCAUGCCUAGUGGCAUAUAAAAAGACACCGCCCCCAGUCCCACCUCGGACCACCUCGAAGCCGUUCAUCUCUGUCACCGUGCAGAGCAGCACUGAAUCAGCCCAGGAUACCUAUUUGGAUAGCCAGGACCACAAGAGUGAAGUCAACAGCCAGUCAGGACUGAGUAAUUCUUCAGACAGCUUAGACAGCACCAGAACCCCCAGUGUGACCAGAGGCAGCCUUGUGACUCAAGCCAGAGAUGCUCCAGAGUUACCCCAGAAAAAUGCAACUUUGAAAAGUGACAAAGGAACUCUGACUAGUGAAGAGCCUAAGGUGGAGAAUAUCCCCAAAAGGAAGCUGUCAUCUAUAGGAAUACAAGUUGACUGCCUUCAGCCAGUGGCAAAGGAGGAGCCCCCUACACCUACUACCAAAUUCCAGUCCAUCGGGGUACAGGUAGAGGACGAGUGGCGGAACAACCACUCUCGCAGUAUGUCCUCCAAACAGGACACCGAUUCCGAGGCACAGGAACCCAAUCACUCAAGCAGUAAAUCAUCUGAGAGAAGUCUUGCUGAUUGUCCCCCACGCCACAACUCCGUCAGCGUUGAUGCCAGUACCAGGCAACCAGUCAAGCCCUCCCAGUUCAAGAGAAACCUCUCCUAUGGAGAUAGCAGUGACCCAGCCCUAGAGCCUUCAUCUCUCCCUCCUCCAGACCCUUGGCUCGAGACGUCCUCCAACUCACCGUCCGAACCGACACAACCAGGAACCUGCAGGCGGGAUGGGUACUGGUUUCUGAAACUGCUGCAGGCAGAAACAGAAAGGUUAGAAGGAUGGUGCCGUCAGAUGGACCAGGAGACCAAAGAGAACAAUCUCUCUGAAGAAGUCUUAGGAAAAGUCCUCAGUGCAGUGGGCAGCGCACAGCUACUAAUGUCACAGAAGUUCCAGCAGUUCCGGGGCCUGUGUGAGCAAAACUUGAACCCCAAUGCCAAUCCCAGACCCACAGCCCAGGAUCUCGCUGGGUUUUGGGAUCUCUUGCAGUUGUCCAUUGAAGACAUCAGCAUGAAAUUUGAUGAGCUCUACCACCUAAAGGCUAACAGCUGGCAAUUGGCAGAAACACCAGAGAAGAAGGAAGAGAAGAAACCACCCCCUCCAGUGCCAAAGAAGCCAGCCAAGCCCAAAACCCCACUGAACCGGGACAAAGCCUCUGACUCUGUGGAUAAGCAACGCCAGGAAGCUCGCAAGCGUCUCAUGGCAGCCAAGCGGGCUGCCUCUGUCCGGCAGAAUUCUGCCACGGAGAGCGCGGACAGCAUUGAAAUCUACGUCCCUGAGGCACAAACCCGUCUUUGAGAAAAGGGGAAGAGGAAGGAAACACGUGUUUUUCUAAAUCAUUAAAAAGGAAAAAAAAAUUCUCUAAACUUAGCGUGAUUUAUUCGGUCUAGAGACAUUGAGCCAACCUGACAAAGGGCUCCCAAUUUGGCUUUUUUUCUCUCAGCGUUAAGUAAUGAAGAUUUAAAAAAAACCAAACCCCCAUACAACAAAAAAAUCCCCCUCAUGUUUUCUCUCACUGGCUGUGGUGUUGCUGAACAGACUGAUCAGACUCCUAGAAGCCCCAGCCCCUCAGACUUGGAACUUCAAUCUUUUUACUUGUUCACUCUAAUGAAAAUUAUUAGCUUGUUUACAAGAAGAGGACGACAAAAAAAAUGAAGCCUUGAGCACUUGCCAUGCUGCGUUCUUUCUCCCUCUCCUCAGCUCUGUUCUUCCUUAUCCCUAGGGUUUUUCUUCUACCUCUUAUUCUACCCUAUCCACCCUCUCUCUCCACUUUUUGCAUGGCUUUGUUUACUGUGUUAGAAAUAACCUCUCUUCCACAGAGCUCCCGAAGAGAACAUCUGUUCAGUGUGUACUGUUGUUGCACUCUGCUAGCAAGCAGCCUUUCUUUUUUUUCUUUUAGUGGGGGUGGGUGGGAGGGUAUAGAGGCAAAGGGCAGGGGUAGGGCAGCAGGGUUUGCAUAUCUAUGUAUUUGAAGCGGAAAGAGGAAAAGAUCUAUGGAAUGUAAUGCAGAGUUGCAAAUGUGUGCAAUAAGGUGUGAUGGGGGCCCCACUCCAUUGGCCAAUUCCGAAAGAAAGAUGGGCCCCGCUCCAGGCACAGGAUGGGAGCUGGAAGGAUGAUGUGGUGGCACAAGUGACACACCACUGCCACCUCCUGCACGCGCGUGCACGCGCGCACACAUGCACACAUGCUUAUUUUCUCCCUUUCUACAAAUUUUAUUUUCCUUGAGAAUCACUUGUUGAAAAAGCAGCUGCUACGCAGUGGGGGACCUGUUUCAAGGGGACGAAGGGGUGUAAUGAUAUGGUGUGUUAGGGCGGAAGACUGGGAUUUCUAUAAAAAGAACGGGAGGGUAGUUAAUGGCAGGCUGGCAGCCUGCCUACCUGUAUGUAUGUGUACAUAUGCACAUAUACACUUAUUAGGAUCUGUAUAUUUAAUGCAUACACACAUAUACAUACCCAUACACACGUGCAAGUGGUGUGUUAAAAGCACCUCAGUGAGAGUGGGUGUAUGUAUAGCAUAUAUUUUUACAUGUACUAUAUCUAGCUGUGUGUAAAAGUGUGUGUAAAAAUAUAUACCCUGUGUGUAAUCAGAUUAUUUUUCCCUGUAUCCCAUGCUUUUUUCAUUUUUCUUUUUUUGGUGUGGGGGAGGGGUUGCUAAAUGUUUUAACUAUUUUUUAGCUCCUUCUCCCCCCUCACACCCCUUUUUCAGUUAUUUUCUUGGAGUUGGGACUGAAUGCCAGCGUUGCGUUCUCUUCCACCCCCCCCCCCCAAAACAAACACUUGCCCCCAAGUUGAGCAAUCAUGUUGUUUGAGUGGGGAAAUCUUGUGUCAAUUUCAUGUGGGGGAAAUUCCAACGGAAUUUAAACCAGGGUAUUGGUGAUCAAAAAGGCAAAUAAAAUAAAAACCUAAACCC